AUGUGGCGAGAUGAAAUGGGGAGCGGUAAGGCUUUGAUUAUGCAUUUAUUACAAAUUGAUAGGUUUGCCGUUGAAUUUCCAUUCGAACCAUAUGAAUGCCAGAUUAAAUUUAUGGAGAAGGUUAUAGAAGCUUUACAGACGGGACAGAAUGCAGCAUUAGAAUCACCGACCGGAACCGGCAAGACACUAUGUUUACUGUGUGCUGCUAUUGCAUAUUUGAAAAAUUGCAAAUCGAAGAUAUCUCAGAUGGACAGUACACAAGAAAUACAGGGUACAUCUUCUAGAUCACUUUAUCCGAAAAUUUUUUAUGCUUCCCGAACACACAGCCAACUGACGCAGGUAAUUCGUGAAUUAAACAAAACUACGUACAAAGACAUUAAGACUGUAACUUUGGCCUCCCGAGAUAUACUUUGUAUCAAUGAUAAAGUGAUGAAGGAAAAUAAUAGUCAUAUCAUAUCACUAAUGUGCAGAAAUUUGAUCAGUAGACAUCGAUGUCCAUUUUAUAAUUUCUACGAAAAAGCUGAUCCAUUAACAUUGGAUUUAUUAUAUAGUGAGAAUGGAUUAGUUCCAGAUAUCGAAGAAGUCAUCAAUAUAUCUCAGAAGCAUAAAUGUUGUCCUUAUUUUCGGAACCGUACAAUGUAUGAAAAUGCUGAUCUAAUUCUUUUGCCAUAUAAUUAUAUCGUUGAUCCUUCCCUGCGACAUAAGCAUAACAUUCAGCUGAAAGGGAAUAUUGUCAUUUUCGAUGAAGCUCACAACUUGGAAUCAAUUUGUGAAGAAUCGGCAUCAGUGUCAUUUUCAACUACUCAAAUAAGUGCUUGUAUAAGGGAAACGAAGAAAGUUUUGGAAAUGAUUGUAAAUGAUGAAGAGGAAAUUCGGAUGAAAAUGGAUAAUACAAUUGCAUCAUUUGGUACUGAAAUUCAGGAAUCAAAUGAAGUGAAAAUUGAGAAGAAUGAUGUAGCUUACUUGCUUGCAUCUUUGCAUCAGUUUGAAGAUGCUGUCGAUGUUUGCAUGAAAGAUAAAGGGGAGAAAGUGAUUGGGAUUGGUGGCAAAGUAUAUCCGGGUGAAAAAAUGAUUGAAUUACUAUCGAAAGUAGGAUUUCGAAAAGAUAUGAGGGGAACAAUAUCAUUGACUAUUGACAAAAUUGGGCAGUAUCUCACAGCAAAAGCACAAAAUGAGUCAGCUGGAGAGUUUAUCGAAAAAGGAGUCUAUCUUCAAGAAUUUUCAUCAUUCAUUUCAACUGUUUACGCUGAUGAGCACGCUUCAUUAAGGGUAUUGGACAGUUCGGUUUGUGCAAUGAGAAAUGUGGAUAGUAGCAUUGCGAAAUAUUUUCAACUUUACGUCACAGAACAUGGUUCAGUAAUAACGCUGAAUUACUGGUGCUUCUCACCAUCAGUCGCAAUGUG